AUGGCACGUGACAUCUUUGCGUCAGCCAGAAGGCCAGCAGGAGUUGCACACAGUGCACAAGGCAGGACGAAGGCCAAGAAGGCGGAGAAGGCCAAGAUCCCAGUGGCCUACAAAGAUGAGGCGUUCGCCGUUCCUGUGACACCCGAUGAGUGGAGAUCUCUUUCCCGGGAAUUUGAAGACAAGUGGAGUUUGCCUCAUGCAGUGGGUGCUCUGGACGGGAAGCAUAUAGCCAUUAGUAAGCCAUCCAACACAGGCUCCUUGUACUACAACUAUAAGGGAUUUUUCAGUAUCCCUCUGCUCGCCUUGGUGGAUGCCCAGUAUCGUUUCAUAUGGAUUGAAGUCGGUGGAGUGGGACAUAUGUCUGAUGCCCAAAUAUAUAAUGACUCCGAGCUCAGUGAACUUGAAGAAUCCAGAAUAGGGUUGCUACCACCAUGUCCUCUGCCUAACGAUGAUCAGAAUCAGGAUAUCCCGUACUUUAUACUAGGAGAUGAUGCAUUUGCCUUAAGAACCUACCUAAUGAAGCCGUAUGGGAGAAGAGUGAUGCCAAGAGAAGAACUCAUCUUCAAUUACCGGAUAUCCCGUGGAAGACGUGUGGUGGAAAACGCGUUCGGGAUCCUGGCCAAGAGAUUUCGAUGUUUCCUUGGAACUUUGGAACAGGGACCAGACACAGUGAACGAGGUGGGCCAUGAGGAUGAGGAACACAAUCUGGUUCCUGGAAACUGGAGAGAUGAGGUUCAAUGGCAGAACGUAGACGUACCGCCACAAGGAAGAAACAGAGACACGCUGGACGCGAAGCAACAACGGGAGUACAUUAAAGGAUGCUGGAGCAGUAGAGUGGCAGGACAGACUGAUCCAACCCCAGAGAAAGACGAAAACAUUUAA